AAGCACUUUGGGUUUCUGAAACCCAAAAGUGAAGCAACACCAGAGUUAAAUUCCAUGGAAGUUUGCUUCCAUGAUGGAUUUUUGACUUUGUACUCAGCUCCUGAAAAAGCGACUUCCUGGGUUUUCUCUUCCCUCCUCCGGUUUUGCAGCGGCAGGGCUGCUUCCUGUCAAGAGCAGCUCUGCCCCGGCCCCUCCUGCAGACUCUCCACCUCCUCCUUCUCUUUCUUUCAAACACUUAGUACAUUUAGAGCCUGAUCUUGUGCAGAAAACAUCCCUGACAUGUGAAGAGCCCCGGGGAUUCAGUGAGCAUGCUCCGCGCUCCCUCCCGCUGGGAAGAGGAAGCUCGUCCACAUACGAGUCAUUCCAGGCAUAGUCGGCGUGUCAGCGCAGUGAACUCGCAGCGGGCUGUGAGCGGCGCGAGCGCGGCUUUGUCCUAGGAAAUGGGCUUCGGGUUUUCCUUCCUUGCUCCUUUCUUACGUCGAAGAAAGACCCGUAAAGACUUCUGAAACGAUUUUUAAAUGUUCCAUUGAGGAUCCAGGACGUAUACCGUCUGCCCACGAACCCUUGAAGGGUUUUCUGCAAGUUCGAUUUUGUGUGCGUCUUUUUUUUUUUUUUUUCCACUUUUACUUUGUUUUGAUCCGAGGCCGGGCCUCCGUCUUUGUGAAGUUUAAGAGAAGAGCCAGGAGCUGCUCAGCACUGGUUGAUUUUGGAAACGUACUUUUUCGGGGCGAAAGCAAAGAGCUGGUUUUCUGUGCUAGCCCAAUAAAUGCUAUUUAUGAAGAUGGACCUGUUGAACUACCAGUACUUGGACAAGAUGAACAACAACAUCGGGAUUCUGUGCUAUGAAGGUGAAGCUGCUCUCAGGGGGGAGCCCCGGCUGCAGAGCCUGCCCGUGGCCUCGGCCCUCACUAGUCACCGCACGGGGCCCCCGCCCAUCAGUCCCAGCAAGAGGAAGUUCACCGUGGAGCCCGGCGACGACGAGCUGGACUGUGAAAGUGACCAUGCUUCCAAGAUGAGUCGCAUCUUCGCCCCCCACCUGAACAAGACGGCCAACGGGGACUGCCGGAAAGACCCCCGGGAACGGAGCCGCAGCCCCAUUGAGCGAGCCGUGGCCCCCACUAUGAGCCUGCACGGCAGCCACCUGUACACGUCCCUCCCCAGCCUCAGCAUGGAGCAGCCCCUUGCACUGACCAAGAACAGCCUGGACGCUGGCAGGCCGGCCGGCCUCUCGCCCACCAUGACCCCAGUGGAGCGGCAGCAGAACCGGCCCUCGGUGAUCACGUGCGCCUCCGCCAGCGCCCGGAACUGCAACCUCUCCCACUGCCCCAUCGCGCACAGCGGCUGCGCGGCCGGCCCGGCCAGCUACCGGAGGGCCCCGAGCUCCGCCACCACCUGCGACCCCGUGGUGGAGGAGCAUUUCCGCAGGAGCCUGGGCAAGAACUACAAGGAGCCCGAGCCGGCGCCCAACUCCGUGUCCAUCACGGGCUCUGUGGACGACCACUUCGCCAAAGCCCUGGGCGACACAUGGCUCCAGAUCAAGGCGGCCAAGGACGGCGCGUCGAGCAGCCCCGAGUCGGCCUCUCGCAGGGGCCAGCCCGCCAGCCCCUCUGCCCACAUGGUCAGCCACAGCCACUCCCCGUCUGUGGCCUCCUGAAGGGAGCACCGCCCUCCAACGCCACGUCCAUCUGCAUGGUUUGCCUGAGCUUCGAACAGUCAGUGCUUAAAAAAUGGAAAAAUGAAAAAAAAAAUCGUGGGGGUGGGGGGAGGGAGGGAUGGUUUAUUCGCAAAAACCACGUCGUCGGGAUUUUUGUUCUGUUUUGUACUUGCUUGGUAUCCGUACCCGGGGCCCUCAGACGUGAUAGCAGCACCUGCGCGUGGAACCUCUGUCCGCUGUCGCUCCCCAGUCCCUGCCUUGGUUACCAAAGAAGCCUCAAUGCAGGUCAGCUGCCCGACAGGGCCUGGACUCCACGGCUUGCGCUUUCUUAGUCACGGGCCAGGCCACGGGUGACCCAGACGCUUUGUGCUUUUUCAUUUGCUUCUCGAGACCGGGGCGUGUGCGGCUCAGCUUCCAGCCCACGUGUGUGUGUGUGCGCUUGUGUGUGUGCGUCUACUUGAAGAGAACAGAACUGUCGUGUCUGAUUUGCACUAUGGGAGGAGGACUCAAGUUGCCUGCCUGACAACUUUGUGCGAGAUGAUAGUACUCUGAGGGCAAACUGCUGAAAAACGGAGGGUUUAAGGAUGACAUUUCUGACCAUGGGUGUGUUUUUCUGUUGUUGUAUUAAUUUAGACAAAACUGCUUUGGAAGGGGAAGUCUCAUGCAGGUUUAUAGGUCUUUCUCUGUCUAGAUUUUCAGGUGCUUGCAACUGGACUGCAGACUCUACCAAUCACGGGCAUUUUACCUUUUCUAAACACUGCAGUUUGUUAGACUAGAGCUGAAGUUGGAGGAUUCUGUAGUGCUUUAAACGUGAUGCAUGUUUUAAUGGAUAAAAAUAGCUGGUUUCUAUUAAUUGUAUAGACAGUAAACAGAAAGCUUAAUACUUAGUAGCUUCUUUUCAGAAUUCGUUUAUUUUUGUCAGUUACAGUCCUAGAUAUACUUACUGCUGGUACAGUUGUACUCUAAGAUUUGUGUUUGAUAUUCACGUUACUCCCGAGUAGCGUGGGGCCAGUCGGUCCCUGGCAGGCCCUGGACACAGGCGGGCGAGUGGCUGGUCAGCUGCAGAGCAGGAUGCUCGAGUUGCGGCUGCAGGCUGACAGCAUCAGUUAUUUUUUGCAUCCCUGUCUGCUUCUUAACGCGCUCCCAGGGCAGUUGGGACUUGUGUCUUCCAACUUCCCUCGAUGCAGAAACUGCUCCCUUUGAACUCGUGGCUGAACAGCAGAUUCCUGACAAUCUGUGAGAUGGUGUUUUGUAUGCUUCCUCGUACGCUGGGGCCAAGGCAGUAUACAUUCCUCUGACUUUAUACAGUUAUUACUGCAUUUAUUAUCGUUUGCUAUAGUAAUAGCUACUAACUAGAACUUAGUGAAGAAGAAAGCAUGACAGACCCAGCUGUGGAUGUUCGACAGCUGCUCUUCUUUCUGGUAAACGUUUCCAUGCCCCUGCCCCUCCCCUGUGCUACUACCCUCCAGCCUUGCCCACCACAGGGCCUGAGCAGUCACCUGGCCCGGUGACUCGGGCAUGACCGCCUCACCCGCGAGGCACCGUGGACUCACCGGAGCUCUCGAGGCUGGUUGUCAGUAUGAGAAAAGUACAGGUUCGCUGGUUGGCAUUGGUGAACAGGCAGGAGGAUGGGCUCUUGUGGCCACAGGGUGGCUGUAGGUAUUUGAAAAGGCGGAGGAAAGCCUCCCCUUUUGGCCCCCGCACGUGUUUCCCUCCCACUUAACUGGGCUUCCAGGCUUCUGCAUUCAGGCCCCUAUAUUUUCUGUAGGAAAAAUCGUUGAGAACACUUUUUUUAUAUAGGUAACUUUAAGACCAUCAUUACGCUGUGCGUAAAGAAUGUACAGAGAAAUUUGUAGGUAUUUUUUGAAGAACAAUUAAUUUGUUAAUGAUAUGUAGCUAUUUAAUUUUUCCCUUUCCUAUUGUAAUCAUUCAUAUUUUUUUGUUGUUUGGAAAAAAAAGUUGAUCUUUUUUUUGUCGUAGAUUUGUCUGUAAAAGUGCAGGAACACAGUUAUUCUAUGAGAACACUGCAUCUGCCUUAAUAGCCACUAGUUUGUUAUUGCUACAGGCUACUGAGCGUCGCCCCAGGAAAACAACCCCACUGCCGGCGGCUCUGUGCAGAACGGGCUCCUCGCACGCCCGCGUCCACCAGCGAGGCCAUCGCUUUGCGAGGGACGGUGGCACUGAGGGGCCGGGUCCCUGGUGCGCUGACCUAUCUGGGAUAGGCAGCACCUGGGAGGGGCCUCGGGCAGGAAACCAAACGGUCACCAGGAAGGGACACUCCCAGGCCUCGGGGGGCACAGAGAGGUUCUUCACAGAGCCACGCCAUCUGCAGUGUGUUCUGACCAUUCUCUCCAUGUUUGUAAAUCUGUAAUAUACCAUUCUCUGUGUGGCCUGUUUUUCCUGGAAGAAGAAGAAAAAAAAAGGUUUGGCAGGCCAUCUUUUUUUUGUACUUAAAAGUAGCCUUAAGAACAAUAAUAAAGUGCUCUUAAACCACA